GUGAUUAAACGUGAACAAGUGCGCAUCGCUGCUACGCAUCUUGCGCUACAGUUACGGAAUUUUUUUUUAUUUUCAUUGUCGUUGUAUAGUGAAAUAGAGUGUGAUGUGACCUAUAGUACUCAUCGACGUUUUCGAGACGACUGGGAUUUUUUUUAGAUACGAAAUUGUAACGAUUCUAUUGUAGUUGAGAGAUGAGUGGAUUUUUUUCUUCUUCCUUUUUUACGUUCAUUUGAUUUGAGUGUAUAAUGCGCGUAUUCCAUUUGUUUUUGUUAUUUUUAUUGUAACAAUGAACAAGAGUAACACAGUGUUGUAAGGACAUAAGGACAAUUAUUUUGAUUGUUCGAAAACAAACAAUUCACUUGAGCUUUUUGAAUAAUUGUAUAUGCGGCGGAUUAUGGUGCGGAUUUUUAUUUUUAUUUUAUUUUUCUUUUGUUAUGAAUGAAGAGCAUGAGUGUUAAAAGGACAUUUUGAGAUUUAUUGGAUAACAUACAGUGAUGAUUUGUUAAUGACAAAAGACAUUAUUGUUUCGGAUUUUCUUUUCGGUUGUUACUUUAUUCGAUAUUGGUUUCACUGAUUCGAAAAAAUGUUUAUGUCGAUUUUAUCUGAUUUUUGUGAUGGUGCAAUAGCAUCGUACAGCGGCAGACACGGAUUAUUUAUGUGACAGGGUGGAUUUAAUCAAUUGUCUAAAUGUGAUUUUUCUGCCUCAAAGUUCUGUUUAUUUUGGAAUGGAUUAAAGUGAUCAAGUUUACGUUGAACGGGUGUACAACUUGACCGAGACAGUGUGUUACGUUGAAUCAGCUUUAAUUUACACAUUUUUUUCGUUUGUUUUCAAAAUUUAAUUGCUGUUUUGUAGUGCAAUCAGUUUUAUAGCCAAUAUACUUAGCGAAUAAAGUCCAAUUCGUCCUAUUCGAACGAUAAAAUCAGCUGUAGAAAAUUUAUUGAUUAUUAUGGCUGCGUAUGCUCAAUUCGGUUAUGGUUACCCGUCGGCAAGUCAGUUGCUUGUGAGUGGUGGCCAAACUACAACAAACAGUGCACAAUCACCAAUCGGUGCCAAUGCACCAUCUCUUAGUCCAGGCGGUUCAGCAACUGGGGCACCGACCGGUGCUCUCAGUCCUGGGGCAAUGUCACAAGCCUCGAACAAUGCGCCCGCGACAUCAUCGUGCUGUGAAAAUGGUCGACCUAUAAUGACUGAUCCCGUAUCGGGACAAACGGUCUGUUCGUGUCAAUACGAUUCCGCAAGACUAGCAUUGUCCGGCUAUUCUCGAAUACCGACAGCUGGCGUUUACGGUUCAGCGUAUCCGUCAACAGAUCAAAAUCCAUAUCCUAGUAUUGGCGUAGAUAGUUCAGCAUUUUAUUCACCUCUUAGUAAUCCAUAUGCUUUAAAAGAAAGUGGUCCUACAAGUGAUAUGAGUGCGUGGACAUCGGCAGGUCUGCAACCAACGGCUGGUUACUAUCCAUAUGAUCCAGCACUUGCAGCUUAUGGAUACGGUGCUGGUUACGAUUUAGCGGCACGUCGAAAAAAUGCAACUAGAGAAUCAACAGCUACAUUAAAAGCAUGGUUAAAUGAGCACAAGAAAAAUCCGUAUCCAACAAAAGGCGAAAAGAUAAUGCUGGCAAUUAUAACGAAAAUGACAUUAACGCAAGUGUCGACGUGGUUUGCGAAUGCCAGGCGCCGUUUAAAAAAGGAAAAUAAAAUGACUUGGGAGCCGAAAAAUAAAACCGACGACGAUGAUGAUGCAAUGAUAUCGGACGAUGAAAAAGAUAAGGAUGAAAUGGAAGACAGAAGUCGUGAUCACAAAGACUCAUUACAUCACGUGAAAGCCGAACAUUGUAAGGAUGACGAUGAUGAUGAUUUAACGGACGACGAUCGUAAACCGGAUGGUAUUCUCGGUCACACAAUACCACACACAAAUAUUCCGCAUCAUCCGCCGUAUCAUCACCAUGCAAUGCUCGGAGCCUAUCCCGGAAUAAAAGAAGAAUUAUCCGGUUCAAAAAACCCACCGAGCAGCGACUGUGGCGUGCCAAUUCCAGCAACAAAGCCGAAAAUCUGGAGCCUGGCAGACACAGCCGCAUGCAAGACACCACCACCACUACAGGCUCACCAUCUACACCAACAACACGGCACAACACCGUCAGCGGCUUGGAUGACCGGCGGUUACCAUCCACACAAUCCUCAUUCGACGAACGCCGACAUGAUGAUGGCGGCCAGUGGGGCCCAUACAGGAAUGAAUAUGAGUGGCGUAGGCAUGAAUACCCUCAAUCAUACGCAGCAGAAUAUGGGUAUGAGCAGCGGUAUGAUGGACAAUUUCGCGAAUUCCCAGUAUUCUCGCUAUGGGGGGUUUCUAGGGGCGUCUCAUCACUACAAUACGAACAACAACAACAACAAUCAUAUCACCAAUAUGCCAGUGACGGGACAGCACAAACCACAUCCAAAUACGCCUAUCACCCCUACGCAUCUGCAACAACAGAAUUCCAACGGCAGUUCCACCAACGGCAGUACACACUCCCCACAACAACAACAACAACAUCAACAGCAGCAGCAACAACAACAACAACACCUACAACACCAACAACAAUCGAUGGGGUUUCCAGAAGUACAAACCGACACACCGCCGCAAACGCCACCGAACUUGAAGCUUCCCAGCGUAGCGAGUACUCUGCUUACACAAACCCCUACGACCGGUACUUGUUAUAACACCAAUAAUCAACAAAACAACAGCAUUAACAACAACAACACAAGCACGACAAACAACAAUUUGAAUCAAUCUAGCAAUGGUUACAGUUCCUCUUCGCCGCCUGGGUCCAAUAAUUAUGUUGGUAAUUUUACUCGAAUGCAACAGCAUUCACCACAGAAAGCUCAAGAAUAUUCACAACAUAUGAUGGCUAGUCCACAACAGGAUACGGCUGCAUUUAAGCCAUUUUACAAAAGUUCACAAAUUGGUAGUGGUUAUGUGUCGCCUGUUUGAAAUAUAAUUUUGGAGUCUCUUCGAUUUAAGAUGAACACACAAGCAGUAAUCAUCCAGAUUUUAUUACACGCAAUAUUUAAUAACAUUUUUAUUGUCGUUGGAUAUACACAUUAUAUUAUAUUGUUCGUUUGCAUAACAUAUUUAAUGCCUAAAUGGAUAUUAAAACUACAACAAAAAAGAUUAAAUUGAAAGAAGAACCACAUACAACAACAUCCAACAUUCAGCAACAUGAUAAUGUUUUAUGGACAUCAAAAAAAAAA